ACGGGUGCUGAGCUGGCUGAGGCUGAAGCAGGAGGAGGUUGCGCCCAUGGGGUCCCAACAACCACCACUGACCACCGUGUACCUGCUGGGGGUGCUAGUCACUUCCUGCCUCGGAGGUUUCAUCAGGGAGGACUCAGAGAUCCAGAUAAGGCUGAGUAACUCCAGCUCACGGUGCCAGGGCCGGCUAGAGGUCCGUCACCUGGACAGGUGGCUCUCCGUGUGCAGCGAGAGCUGGGGCCACAGCCGGUACCACGAGGAGGACGCCACCAGGCUGGCCAAGAACCUCUGCCCGCAGCUGAGAUGUGGAAGGGCCUUGGAGCUGGCCCUCUCGCUCUUCAGCAGCACACAGAACAAGGUCCUCUGCCAUGGAUCCUUAGGGUCCUUCUCUAACUGCACCAGCCAAGGGGCAAGCCCGUGCCGCACUCUGAUACUGAUCUGCUUAGAGCCAACAACGGCAGCACCUCUACCUACAAGCCCCCCGCCCACCACCACUCCGGAGCCCACAGCACCCCCCAGGCUGCAGCUGGUGGAAGGGCCAGGGGGCCUGAGCUGUGCUGGCGUGGUGGAGUUCUACCAUGGCAGCCUGGGCGGCACCAUCAGCAAUGGGACCCAGAACCUGACCCAGGGCCUGGGAGACCUCAUCUGUAGACACCUUCGGUGCGGCUCGUUCUUGAGGCAUCUGCCAGAGGCCACGCUAAAGGCUACGCCGGACACACGCCAGGAGUGGAUGCAAUGGGAGAUCCAGAAUGCCAGCUGUGCCUCCCUGGAGCAGUGCUUCCAAAAACGCCAGCCCUGGGAGCGCGGCACAGCUAUCGGCCUCAUCUGCUCAGACUUCCAGCCCAAGGUGCAGAGCCGCCUGGUGGGGGGCCGCGGCACGUGUGAAGGCACCGUGGAGGUGCGCCAGGGUGGGCAAUGGGCAGCCCUGUGCGACAGCUUCCCAGCCAAGAACACAGCACGGUGGGAGGAGGUGUGCCAGGAGCAGCAGUGUGGCGGCGUCAAUACCUAUCGGCAGCUGGAUGCCAGUGAGAAGACCUCCCUGGGGCUCAUCUGUCCCCAGAAGAAGCUGUCCCAGUGCCAUGAGCUUCACAAGAAACAAUUCUACUGCAAAAGGGUGUUUGUCACAUGCCAGGACCUGCGCCCAGCGGGUUUGGGCGCCGGCACUGUGAUGAGCAUCAUCCUGGCCCUCCUGCUCCUGGCCGUGCUGCUGGUCGUGUGUGGCCCUCUCGCCUAUAAGAAGCUGGUGAAGAAAUUCCGCCAGAAGAAGCAGCGCCAGUGGAUUGGCCCAACAGGAAUGAACCAGAACACCACAGCCAGGGCCACCCAACGGAUAGAACCCUCUUCCUGCCUCCCAGUCCACCUUCUUCCCCCCUUUCCGGCUCAACGGCCAAAUCCUUCCAGAAGGCUCUCUGUUGCUGUCUUUUCUGCAAUACGAAGGCCAUCAGCUCUGGCGUACUGGGAGUAUCUUUCCAUCGCAACCACACGGCAACUGUCCGGUCCCAGGUCGAGAACCGCACAGCCUCACACGUGGAUAACGAAUACAGUCAGCCCCCCAGGAAUUCCCACAUCUCGGCUUAUCCGGCUCUUGAAGGGGCCCUGCACCGUUCUUCUGCCCAGCCUGAUAACUCUUCUGACAGUGACUACGAUCUGCACGGGACUCAGAGGCUGUAAAAGAUCUGGGAGCCGGGACCGAAACUCAAGAGCCAGACCUAUUAGUCCUGAGAAUAUUCUGCAUUCACCACUUGGAAAUGAUGUCUGAUUUCUACCCCUAACCAGAACAUGCCAGAACAAGGGUGUCUUUUCAAACGUAACCCACUGCCCUGCAGUUGCAGGCCAGCUCUUACAUCUCCCCACUGGAACCUGGCCCACUGAAGACCCCAGAACAGCUCAUCUGGGCUCCCCAAGUAUGGAAGAUGUAGAAAGGCAGAGCCCGGAAACAAGAAGCCCUCCCAAGUAGAGACACAAGGGUGUCCGGAGGGCCUCCCUUUCCCACACCCUGGCAGCUCCCCCCUACCCUGCCCCGUCUGCUGUGACGGCAACACCAAGUAGACUCUGACCCCAGUGAGGGAAAAGGAAGCUCACGCCUGGGUGGGGAGGGGUGAUUCUCUAAUGUAUUUUUAAUAUGUUCUUUGUAAAUAAUGCUUUAUCUACUCUCUGAGGA